AUGAUUUCAAGAAUAAACAUUUUUACGAAAAAUAAAAGAGAAAUAUUUUUUCAACCAAAAUGUUUUAAAAGUAACCAGAAAGUUAUUUCAGUAACAAGAGCUUUUAAAAUCUUAAAUUACACUAGAAAGUUACGUUAUGUUGAAAAAAAAAUUGAUAGUUAUCAAUUUAAUGACAUUGCUUAUAGACUCAUUUCUCAACACCCACAUAUGAAAGAAAUUUUUACAAGUUGGUUGAAGAAAGAAAAUGAUUUUGAAGAACUUUCUAAAUGGAAAUCACUAAGUAUUGGUAAUGAUUUAUUUCCUAAAAGUUUUCCAUUUAAAGAUAAAGAUGGUGAUAGUUUAUACAUAGAAACACCAAAUUACUUAGCAUUACCAAAAAGUGUUGAAGUAAUGUUUUGUUCUUCAAUUGAAGAAGUUGAAAAUGCAACUGCUACUGUUGAACGUGCAAGUGAAGAAGGAUUUAAUGUAGUUGGAUUUGAUUGUGAAUGGUCACCAUAUAGCCACAAUGAAAUUUUAUCUAUUUUGCAAGUAUCAUUUAACAAUAAAUGUUUUAUCAUUGAUUGUUUGUAUGGAGACAAAAAAACAACUAGUAAUUUUAUUAACAAAUUAUUUUCAUCUAAAAAUCUUAUAAAAUUGGGGAAAAAUCCAUAUAAUGAUUUAAACUGUUUAUUCAAGAUGUAUCCAGAAAUAGAUAUUUUAUCUAAUCCAUUGCGUACAAUAUGCCUAACUACUUUAAUAAAUAACUUUAAUAUUGCAAGUAGUAAUCAACCUCUUAAUGAUAUAAAAAGUAAAAAUAUAUUCAAUAUAAAGUUUUUUAAUCCAAAUUGGAAAGAAAUUAUUUGCAAAAAUAAAAAUCAAGACAUUAAUAUUGAUAUUAAUGAUAAAAGAAACAUUUCUGGACAAAAUGAAAUGGAUGUUACAAAUUAUAAAUCAAAUUUUUUUAAAAUACAGAAACAAUAUAAAGAUGAUGUGAAAUGUUUUACGGAUAGUGUUAGAGGAGCAAGUUUUUCUAGUUUAUGUCAAUUGAUUUUAGGUAAAAGUAUUGAUAAAUCUGAACAAGUUUCAGUAUGGGAUAAGAGACCUUUACGAAUAUCUCAAAUACGGUAUGCAGCAUUAGAUGCAGAAGCUAAUAGAAUGAUAUAUAAUAAAUUAGAAAAAUGGGGAAAUAUUUUAAAUGUUGAUGUUAAAAAAAUUGCUUUAACAUGUAAAAGUGAAAAAUUAAAACCAUCAAAGACAAUCUAA